AAUCGAAUAACUUGUAAAGCACCAAGUAGAGAGCAACUUUUCUGUUCAAGAUUGUAUAUGUAGACCCCAAUAGGUGUUUUUCGAGAUUUCACUUCGUAUACUCGAUCAAGACUAUCAAUUCCAGCAGCGAUCCUUCUUAUUAGUGAGCAUAAGGGGCUUUGAAUUUCGCAUAUUCUGUAUGUCGCACCCUUUGCGGCCACUCUUGCCCAACUCCCCCAAUCCUCCUCGUCUAGAUAUCCUAUCGCCGACACAACAUCGUGUGAAAAGAACAGCUACCCCGGCAGCUUGUGAGGCCUGCCGGAAGAGGAAGAGCAAGUGUACCGCCGAACGACCACGAUGUUCCGUCUGCAUCGAACGACAAACCCUUUGCGAAUACACAACACUCCCAACAGAAACGCACCUUAGAGCACAGAAACGCAAGUUGACCGACCUCGAGAUAAAAUGUCAAGCGUAUGAAGAUCUCUUUGGGAUUCUACGAUCUCAUCCGGAUGAAGAAAUUACCCAGGUCUUGCAACGGCUCCGCAUGGGUGAAGACGCUCAAAUGAUUGUCAAGACUGUCCAAGAUGGUGAUCUGUUGCUUCAACUUUCAUUCAAACCAGAGCUUCGAUUUCGGUAUGAGUUCCCGCACCUUAGGGAAAUGCCCCCUAUCCUAAAUCGAUGGCACAACCCGUACCUCCAGUCGACCCUAUACGAGAAGACAGGUGUACAGUCGCAGAAGCCGCAAGCAUAUUUAGACAUGUUGAGAGGUGUUGCCGACGAAUCCGAAAAGAUGUACCUCGCGCCGUACCAUACCGUCGAACUCGUCGAUCCUAGAAUCUCAUCCAUGACUGUAUCAAGCUGGACAACGGUUUCCUCUGACAAUCCGAUGCUACGCGUGCUUUUGCAGAUAUACUUCGUCUUCAUAUAUCCCUCCCACCCAUAUUUCCACAAGGAUCUAUUUCUCGAUGAUAUGUCUGUCGGCAGUAGUCGAUUCUGCUCGCGCCUUCUAGUAAAUGCUGUUCUCGGGGCUGCAUGGCAUGGCUAUAGUCGAAUAAAGAACAGGGCCGAAUAUUGGCUCCCCGAUAACCCAGGUUACCGAUUUCUCGCUGAAGCUCGCAGGCUCUUCGACCUAGCACAGGCAGAGCCCAAUAUUACCACAGCCCAAGCAGCGGCCAUUAUGAAUUUGACCUGUAACCUUAAUGGCAUUGACGAACUAAGUUGGGUCUAUACAUACAAAGCUCUCGAGAUCGCCGAGAAUCUCUCUCUUUUCUCGCCGGUUCCAGACGAAAGUAAGGAGUGGCAAGUAGCAGCAACGACAACGGCGUGGUGUUUAUAUAAUUGGCAAGCACUCGCAUCUUUUCACACCUUUCAACCGCCGCUAGUUAAAGACCCGCCGAAUCGUCCGCUCCCCAAUUUUGACGAGAUAUCCGCGUUUUACGGAGAACUUUUUGUUAAAUACCCUCUUGGCCACGACUCGAUACCUGUAUUUAAUGGAUUAGUGUUUAGAGCUAUCUCCCAGUUUCGUGUCAUCAUGAACGAGAUCACGGCGCUGUCGUUUAGCCAGCCAAGGAGUUUUACCAGAAUGUCGCUCAGUGCUGCCAUUGAAUUUAAGUCGAGACUCUUAGUUUGGUACGAGACACUGCCAGAACCUCUCCAGGCCCAAAAUGCGGCUAUGCCGUCACACCUUAAGAUACAUAUGCAUUAUCAUGUCCUUCUUAUAGGUCUCUUCGAACCGUUCAUGCAGAUGGGUUACAUACACGCCGAAGCGAAUCCACGUACGAUCGUCGAGCAUUCGAAAAUAUGCUUCGAGACACUUUUGCGGGUUUACUACUUACGACAUGGUUUCGAAUCACUCGACGCCACCCUCGUACAAUUACUCGCCUUGCUAGGGUUCAGCGCUCUAAGAGAUAUCUCGUCAGUUGAGAAAGGUACGGCCGACCACGGGGCCAUACAGGCGACACUACUACUCUGUGCCAAAGGAUUAUGGGAACAAGGCCAGAAUUACUACGUGGCGGAAGUCGUCUUCCGUUUGUUUAGGCAAUGCUUAAGUGCCGAUGAUGCUCAGCUACUCAGGGAAACUACCGAGGUUGAAGAGAAUGAUGGACGACCGAGCCAUAUGCCCCUUGAAAUUCGGUCCAGAUGGCCAUUUGGAAUUUUCAGCAUGGCAGAUGAAAACUCUGAUCGUACACUCGACCACUUUGUCCGCUGGUGGGAGCGUCAUAUGCGGUCAGUGAUGGAUCAAGAUUCUCUCAGCGUCAUAUUGCCACGGUACCCUCAACGCAAUGGAUGAUAAGCGUGAGAGAAUGAUAUAGAAUUUUUAGGGAUGGAUUUUUGUCGUUCUGUCAGUCCUGCAUCAUGAGAGCUCAGCUAGCUCAUAGGUACCUAGUGAUCGGUGCGAUAUACCAGAGCCAAUCGGGGACCAUACUGUUCUACCCAGAGAUAUCAGUUAUCGCCCCCCGCUAUUU